UUACAAAGAUGUAUCCAAGGUCAUGAAAAUUAGAAAGAGAUGGCAAAAAUCUACAGAAAUGAGUACUCCAAAAGGAGGAGGUACCAUACGAGGGAAAUACUUACAUGAAAAGUUCAAAACGAAGAGGUGUAGAGCAUGAACACAAUGGAUAACCGAAGUAGCAUCAAUACAGGCUCUCACAAGUUACAAGACCCAUGGAGUCAUGGACGAAUAAACAAAAAUAAAUAAUUGAAGGAAAUAAGAAUAUGGGUUGCUUUAAGCUCCUUCCCACUGGCCAGCACCAUUCAAUGUGUAUUGAAUAUCAUUGAAGUCUCCCACCCAAUAGUUAAUGCCCAAAUGAGCGACCCACCAUCUUGCCUUUCCUUUCAUGUUCCCUUCCCCCUUCCUUAGAACUUCAAAAAAAAAAAAAAAAAAAACGGACCCAGCAACUCUAACCUAAUCCCACUCCCAAUCAAUGCCACACCAAAAGCCACACAACCCCAGUAGAAUUUAAACCAACCUCCUCUCUAUCCCAGCUCCCAAGAUUACUAGCAAGAGAAGCCAAAUGGGAAGAAAGCUAGGCCUCACCUCUCUCUUCUUCAAACCUAGAGACACAUCAAGGUCGUCUUCUUAUUUCUCUUCUUCUCUUUCUCCUUCUUAUUCAUGGCCUUGGCCUUCUUGUAAGCAUCCAAAGACUCUGUCCUUCCGAGCGGCGGAUGGCGACGACAUCUACAAGACCGUGAACUCGGCCUACGUGUGCUCGACCGAAUCCUGCUUCACCCACUCGUCGGAGGAGUACUCGGAGAGCUUGUCGACGGUCUCGGAGGACUCGGGGGGUGACUCAUUGGAGACUGUCAUACGAGGUCUCCGGUCGGACCGGCUCUUCUUCGAGCCAGGGGACACCAGCUCGAUACUGGAGGAGGCCAAGCCCGGUGCGGUCCCAUUCAAGAAGAGCAUCGUGCUGGCAAUGGAGUCGGAGGACCCGUACCACGACUUCCGGGUGUCCAUGGAGGAGAUGGUUGUGGCUCAUGGGCUUAAGGACUGGGAGUGCCUUAAGGAGCUCUUGCUAUGGUAUCUAAGGGUCAAUGUUAAGAAGACUCAUGAGUUUAUAGUAGGUGCCUUUGUGGAUUUGCUUCUAGGCCUUGCUUCUCCUCCUCCCUGUUCUUCAUCAUCUUCUAUGUCUUUUGAGAUUGAGGUGGAAGAGGAGGGAAUUGGUUCAUGCUGAGUUCUCUUGAUCCAAAGGAAGACAUGGAUCUUUCUUUCUUUUUCUUUUUGGUUAGCCAUAAUAUAUCAUCUCAAUGUAUACUUGUAGGCCUAUGUGAUAUUAAACCUACAUGCAUGGUUAGAGUUCUAAGCUUAUACCUUCUCUCUCCAUCUAUCUAUCUAUCCAUCUAACUGGGAGUAGUGAAACCGCAAAGUAAGGUGGGUUUUUAUCUUCUUUCAUAGGAAAAGUGUGAAUAUGAUCAAUGUUGAUAAACUUUGAAUAACAUAGUCCCAGUCGGCCGGAAGUAUGUGAUUUUUA